AAAUAUAAACGCAAAUUAUCUGAUGAAACAAUACUUACAAAUAUGGAGGAAGUUGCUGUUGAAGAAGCAUCCACCAAUAUUAGUGAAGAGAAAUUUGUUUAUAUUGCUGAAGAGGCUUCUACUAACAUUAACGAAGAGAAAUCUAUCAGUAUUUAUGAAAAACCACCUAUCAAUAUUAAUGAAGAGACAUUCACCAAGACAAUAAGCAAU